AUGGAAUUUGAAAGUCGGUAAUUCAUUUCUUAGAGUGAAUUCAAUCGUAGUGAAAAGUUGACAUUAACAACAAUACAAUAAUAUGUUUCAAUUAUUGUAUUAUUGUUGGCAUUAGGAGAUGCUGUAAUGUUGUUUGUAAUCAAUGGAUUUGUUUUAAAUUACAUUACUUUAAGCUAUGCUAUCAUAAAUGUGCUGAUAGUUUUGAUUUGUAUCGGGACACUAGUUUGGAAUAACUAGUAAUAGAACUAUCUUAAGUCAACAGAAGACGAAUGGGGAGAAUUGACAGAUAACUUUAACGGGAGGUAAUACAAUUAAUUAUGAAAGAUUGUUAUUCUUUUUGACUAUCCUUAUGGCAAUAGCAGAAUUCGUUUUUUUCAUCUUGAUAAUCUUGUCUAGUGAUUAUGUUUAAGGUUUAUAUUAAUCAGAAAAGAUUGGAAACGAUUAUCAGAAAUUUGAUAAAGUUGUAUCUGUUAUGAAACCAAUUAUAUUGAUUUUUUCAAUAUUAAUUGUUGUUGGAUUAACAUACACCAUACAUAACUUUUAUCAAAUGACAAUAUCAUCAAUAACAAGUAGAUUCAAUAUAUACCUCCUUUGUAUAGCUGUAUCCUUAACUUGUUGGGGAUCUGUAUACUUAUUGAAAGGAAUGGGUAUCUAUUCUAUCAGUGCUAUUUUAAAUUUAAUAAUAUUGGGAUUAAUUGUCUUAGCUAUUAUUUCAAACACUUGGAAAAUAAAAGGUUUACUUAUGAUAUUGGCAGCUCUUCAAAUCCUUAUAAUUCCAGUACUUUUAGGAUUUUAAGCUCAAUACAUAAGAGACUAUUAAGAAUAAUAAGAUAGUAAUAUUGCAAAUUGUUAAUAAUAAAUGAAUAAUUUAUCAGAAUCUUAUUUAUCUUAACAUUCUUGUGCCUCAAAAUAUAUUAAAGAUAUUUAAACUUAAAAUUGUCCUAAUGGAGAAAAAGAAUGCUCUAUAUAUUCUACAACAUGUGAUAGAGAUGCCUAAGUAUAGAGAUGGGAAGUAGUAACAACAGAUCCUGCAGAUCAUCCAUUAGGAUGUUUAAAUCUAAAUUGUUGUAAAACAGUUAGUAAUAUUUACACAAAAGAUUUAUUAAUUCUAAUAAUGCUAUCUUUGGCAACUCCAUUAUUUUUAUUUGCUUUGAUUUUAUUUGAAUUCCAUCUUUCAAAAAGAACAAGAUCAGAUAAAACAUUAGGUAGAAAUAUAGAAACAUUAUUUUUAUUAUUAUUUAUUGGUACAAUAGUUUUUGGAGUUCUUUUAUUAAUAAAUAAUUAUACACCAAUUCCAUUAAAAAAAGAAAUUAAUUUUGAUCAACCUGCAAAAGCUGUGAAAGCUAAAGAAUUUACAAAGAUAUAAACAAAGAUGUGUCAAUCAAUAACUUAAUUAGUGGGUAAUAGAAUUGAAUUGAGUAGUGAAUGUAAAUCAACAACUAAUUGUCCUUUGAAUAAGGUAGAAACAGGCAAAAAAGAGACAAGUAUAAUCCAAAUAUAAUUAUUUAGAUAUCUUAUUUGGAUUGUGGGUUAAAGGAGUUUAAUAAUUUAAGAGAAAAGAAGCAACUACAUAUUAGACAUUGGCUGCUGCUAAAUUCUUAUGGCCUAAUUAUGAUGGUAAUGAAUUAGAUUUCUUUGCUAUAAUUGGCAAACUUGAAUAUGUCUAAUAAUAUUUGGAUGAUGUUUAAAUUUGUUAUUAAGUUGGUUCCAAAGAUCUUACCAUUAAUUUAUAUCAAAAUGUUGUUGAUAUUCCUAUUGAAGAAAAGAACAACAAGGUUUAUCAUUAUUCAAUGUUUUCUCAUUUUGCUGAUACUGCUACAACUAAACCAACAACUACAACUACUACCACAACUACAACUAAACCAACAGAUACAACUACAACCAAACCAGCUGAUACUACUACAACUAAAUCAACUGAUACAACCAAAAAAACAGAAGAUAAUGCUAAACCAGCAGAACCUAGUAAGGGAAGUCCUGCUGCUUCAGAUAAAGGUGGUAGUGAUUAAAAAUCAUAGGCAUAAUCAUCUUAACCUAAAUGUGAUAUUCCUAAUUGUUAAGAAUGCAAAGAAUAAUAGUGUAUCACUUGUAAAACAGGUUUUGAUAAAGAUGAUGAAAGAGGUUGUAGAUUUACUGGAAAAUUAGGAGUAAAUGAGUCUAUAUAAGUUUAAUUAUUUAAGGAAAUGAAAUCAAAAGUAAGUGGAUUUGUUGUAGGUGAAAUAAAAAAAGAAGAAGACAAAUUAUUUACUCAAUAUCCAUUAUAAGAAGCUAAGAUUUGUUGGAGUUAAGAGGGAUUGGAAAAACCAAUUUGUGAUGUAGCAACUCCUAAAGGAGAAUAUAAAUUAUAGAUAUCAACAUUUGAUGUAGCUGAUUAUAGUACACAACUCUUUUAACCAACAACUGGAUUAAUAACUGUUGCUGCCAUCGGUUAUGAUGAUUAUGUUUAAUCAUAAGUAGUUUAAUUCUAAGAAGAAAUUAAUUUUGGAACUAUAUUAUUAAGAUCUAAUGUGACAAUACCUAAAGUUUAAGCUACAACACCAUAACCAAAAUCAUCUUUACAUUAAGCUGAAACAACCACUACUUCUACUAAACCAUCAACAACUACAACUCCAACCAAACCUACUACAACUACAACUAGUACUACUUCUACAACUAGUACUCCAACUAGUACCUCAACAUCCAAAGAACCUGCAAAAGAAUAACCCAAAGAACCAGCAAAAGAAUAACCUAAAGAACCUGCCAAAGAAUAACCUAAAGAACCUGCAAAAAAUGAAGGUGGAUGUAAAAGUGGGGAAUAUUUGGAUGCUAGAAAAAAAUGUUAACCAACUGGAUGCACUAAUGUUCCAUUUUGUAAAUUCUGUGAUAAAAAUAAUAAAUGUAUAAGUUGUUAAGCAGAAUAUCAGUUAUAACCUGAUAAAUCUUGUUUACCAGAAAAUGGAUGUUCUAAACCAUAUUCUCAAAAUUAAUGUUUGAAAUGCUCAAAAGAAAAGGAGAAAUGUGAUUAAGAUUUUUGUGAUGCUUUCUCUACUUUUGAUAAUGGUUAAUGUAAAUAAGCAUAUAAAUUAUGCACUAAUAAAAUUUUAAAUUGUGCUAUUUGUACAAAAGAAAACAAAUGUGCUGUAUGUGAAUAAGGUUAUAAAGUUUUGAAUGGAGAAUGUAAAUUAGGAGAUUUCUCUCAGAUUUUUUAGAUCAAUUAUUAUUAAACUGAGGUUUAUGUUGUUGAUGUUAUGGAUUGGAAUCAUUUAGAAUCAGUUAAAAUUGAUUUAAGAGUAGGUAGUUGUGGAUCAUUUUAAGUUUAUGGAACUGCUAAGACUGAUUCAAAUGGAAAAGUUAUAUUUACUAGAUUAGUUAAGGGUUCAUUAUAUAAUUUAAUUGUUACUCAUCCAGAUUAUUCUUAGAAUUGUUAUGAAUUUUAAGAUAAUGAAGUUACUAUUGUACCAUUAUCUAAGAAAUUAAAAUCUGGAUAAGUUAGAAUAGUAUUAGAAUGGCAUAAUCCUAAUAUUAAUUUGGAUCUUUAAUUAUCUUUUAAUCCAACAUCUACUUCAAAUUGUUUAGUUGGAUAUUUAGAUAAUGAAUGUACUGGAGCCAAGUUUGGUAAAUCCUCAGAUGAAGAAUAUAGUUUUGAAGCCAUUGAAAUUAAUGCCCUUGUUCUUAGUAAAUACUUAAUUUUUGUAUAAAAUUUUGGUGAUAAAGAAAAUUAUUAAGAAAAAUUGAUAUCAUCUAAUGCUCAUAUUAAAUAUUAUGUAGCUGAUAAAGAUGAUGCAGCUGUCACUUUUGUAGUACCUAAUGAUAAAUAAUCUGAAAUUGUAGGAACUACAGAAGCUUUAAAAACUGAAUGGUUAGCAUGGUUAGUAGGAUGCAUUGAUGCAAAUGAAUCUGAAAUUCCUGAAUCCUUAUUUUCUUAAAAUGGUGUAUGGUAAUAGAAUAAAUUAAUUUAAAUAGGUGGACAGCUAGUUUAAAUAGAUGGUAUCCUGAAAUUCCUUAAAAAACUUCUCAAAAUUAUUUCCCAUCACCGAAAAUUUGUGACGUUUGAUCAAAAUAUAAUAAUAUAUAUAUAUAUCAUAAACACCCU